AUGGAGAGCACGCAAGGCCAAUUAGAUCAAGUCAUGACCGUGUUGUCGGCAUUGACAAAAGCAAACGAUCACGCGCCUCCCAAUCCCCAAGAAGCCACAGAGGAGAGGAGGCGCCUCAAGGGAAAGAUGCAAGAGGUCGAGGUGCUACCCAUGAACUCCCCGUGGGAGGGAGUAUGCGCCUCACCAGAAGAGGACGCGAUUGAAGCUGACGACGACGCCUAA